CUGCUCUUGUCCAAUUUGCAGAACGCUUGGAUGACAUCUGGCAUACGCUGUCAGCGGUGUGUUGGUGUUGGGGGAGUGACAGGCGCACAGUUAUGGCACUGCCGCGGGAGUUGCUGGGGUGGUUAACCUACUCCCGCACGGGCGGACUGGUGGAUCCACCGAUGCAUCCGUAUGGUUUACAUUUCCCCCUCGAGCCGACCUACCUGGACUCCGUCUCCGUGUGCGGGCAGGAGUACAACGCGCGACUGCCCUCCUACGUGCCUUUGCAUGCGCACAUCAGUGUGUACGACUACUCCUUCGAGCCGGCGUUCAUCCGCAAGCGCAACGAACGGGAACGGCAGCGCGUGCGAUGCGUGAACGAGGGAUACGCGCGCCUCCGUAGGCACUUACCUCACGAGCUCGACGACAAACGGAUGAGCAAGGUGGAGACGCUGCGCGCGGCCAUCGGCUACAUCAAGCACCUCCAGGAGCUCUUGAGUGGCGACGCGCGUGCAGGCUCCGUUUUUUCCUCAGAACUUGACGUGUGGAGCAGCGCGGGAGAGACCUAAUUAAAGCA